AUGAUGAGCAAGUUUGUACAGCGCUCCUUUCUUUGUGAUGAGGCAAGUGCUGUACGUCUUCCGACGACUAUUUGUGAAGACGGGGCACGCAGUGUACUGGAUGGAACUGAACAAGAUGACUUGAGCAAAUGCUUUGAAUUCUCAAAUAAUUCUCAGAGCAAACACAAACGCGAUGCAGUAAUCACGCAUGCACUUUUUCAGAGUUGUGGGUCACGGACGGACAAUAACAAAUCUGUUUCAAGUUUUGUGCAAGCAACUCAAGUAGUACAAGGAGGUGAAGCAUUUGCGACUGCUGAUAAGAAGUCUGUUGUGGAAGCAGUCUCUUCUGAAAAAAAAAUGCGCGCUAAUGAAACUUCUGUUCCGGCUUCUGAAGCCGAGGAUAGUGAUGUAACAACAUCACCUGCUUCAGGCGGCAAUCUUUCACGUGUUGAUAUUCGACCAGUGAACUGUAACUCCACAACUGCGUGGUUCAAUGGCGUGAAACAGUACUAUGAAACUUAUGUGAAAGAUUUUUUGAGGCGUUUGUACAGCGUGAUGUACUAUUAUUAG